ACCCGCAACACUGAAAUCAGUUUUUGCCGCUGCUGUCUUGUUUGUGUGUGGGCGAUGAGGAAGACGAGUGUUGCUCUGCUUCGCGCUGCAACUGCUGCAACUACUGUCUGCACAGGCAGUGUUGGCGCUGGCGUAGCUUGUGCCGCUGGUGGAGGUGGAGGUGGAGGAGCAGCAGCAGCAGCAGCAGCGAGUGUGCGCGUGCUGCGCUUGCCAGGCCUCAUCCCUUGGCUCAACGCAACACGCAUGCAGCGCGCCCUCGUUGACACAUACACGCAGGACCAGCUGGUGUUAUGUCAGCACCCACCAACGUACACUGAAGGCCGCCGCAACAACAUUACUGAUGAAGAGCGAGCACGCCUGCAGCAGCUCGGUGCACACGUCCAUGAGAGCAAGCGAGGUGGACAAAUGACGUUCCACGGCCCUGGCCAACUCGUUGGGUAUCCCAUCGUCAAAGUCCCCAACUACGGCGGGGUCCGCUGCUACGUGCACAAGCUUGAGGAGACACUGAUCGAAACAUGCGCUCACUUUGGCAUUGACGCUGGCCGCUCGCCAGACACUGGCGUCUGGGUUGGCGACGCAAAGAUUGCAGCCAUUGGGGUUCAAGUGUCACGUCGGAUAUCAUGGCACGGGUUUGCUCUCAACUGCAACACAGACCUGGCCUGGUUUGACCAGAUUGUGCCGUGCGGUAUUGCAGACAAGGGCGUCACCUCCAUCUCCAAGCAGCUCGGGCGAGAAGUGACCGUUGAGGAGGUGAUACCCGUGGUGGAGGAGUGCUUUGGGCGCGUGUUUGGAACAACAAUGGUGGCUGCAUCCCAAGACACGAUACACGAUGCACUCAACCUCGCCAACGCCACCAACGACAGCAACACCACCGCAAAGAGAUGAUGUAACAUGACAUGACGUCAUACCCCAACUCCUCCAAGAUGGAUUCUUGAUGCGCGCAUUGUAGGUCGAGCAAUAUGUAUUGGGUGUUGGUUGACUUGGGGAAGUUGAACGCAACGAAAAAACGAAAGGCUUGCUUGUGUACGUUCGUGUGCAAGGGUGCAAAGUAAACGACCAAUCAAGCGA